CGGAAGACGGAGGAUAUCGGUGCGCAGAAGAGGACGCAAGUGCCAGCAGCUCCCGGCUACCUGUCACCGCAUGCUGUGCUCCAUGGCUAACUCGGGCUGCCUCCUUGUCUCCAACUCAGGCAUGCUUCCUCACUCUCUCCCCUGUCCUCCAGCCUUCCUCUACCUCCAACAGGGCAACCAGGACGCCCCGGCGCCGCCGGACGCGAUGGCGCAGCCCUACGCCCCGGCCCAGUUCCCGCCGCCGCCGCCGCAGAACGGGCUCCCCGGCGAGUUCGCGCCGCCGCCGCACCCCACGCCCGAGUUUGCGGCGCCGAGCACGGUCCCGGAGCACGCGCUGAGCCUCUACACACCAGCACAGAGCCACGGCGAGGCGCCCGCCGGCGACGGCAGCGCGCAGCCCCUCGCGGCCACGCAGGCGGCACCGCAGACAGACGACGCGGCACAGACAGAGAGCCAGCAGCUCCACUCCUCAGACACGGCGGACAAGCAGCAGCCCAAGCGGUUACACGUGUCCAACAUCCCCUUUCGCUUCCGGGACCCCGACUUGCGGCAAAUGUUCGGGCAAUUCGGGAAGAUCCUGGACGUGGAGAUCAUCUUCAACGAGCGGGGCUCCAAGGGGUUUGGGUUUGUAACUUUUGAAACUAGCGCAGAUGCCGACCGGGCACGAGAGAAGCUGAACGGCACCAUCGUAGAGGGCCGGAAGAUUGAGGUGAACAACGCCACGGCCCGCGUCAUGACCAACAAGAAGGCCACGAAUCCCUACACCAACGGCUGGAAGCUCAACCCGGUGGUGGGAGCCGUCUACGGCCCCGAGUUCUAUGCAGUCACGGGCUUCCCGUACCCCGCCACGGGCACGGCCGUGGCCUACCGAGGAGCGCACCUGCGGGGACGAGGACGCGCCGUGUACAACACGUUCCGUGCCGCGCCGCCGCCGCCGCCCAUCCCCGCGUACGGCGCGGUUGUCUACCAGGACGGGUUCUACGGGGCCGAGAUCUACGGCGGCUACGCCGCGUACCGCUACGCGCAGCCCGCAGCCGCCACCGCCUACAGCGACAGCUACGGCCGGGUGUACGCCGCCGCCGACCCCUACCACCACGCCAUGGGCCCCGCCGCCACCUACAGCAUCGGCACCAUGUGAAACUGCAGCCGUUUCCUUCUGGGACCAGGAAGGGCAGAAGCAAACAAAAAGCCACCCAAACGAAAAACCAACAACAAAAUCCAAACGAAAAAGAUUAAAGGCAAAGCAAGAGAACAAAAUCAGAGCGGCGGCAGCCAGAUGAAACGUCCCACACGUCCACGCGCGAGCAGGGAGCCGGCGGCGCCGCGGAGAGCCCGCGCACGGAGCGGCC